AUGAGUAAUAGUGAUGAAGAAAUCAAUAACACUUUUGUGCAUAACACAAAGAAACGAAAGAAAACAGGAAGAUUGCGUGAAGUGAUGAAAAAAUUGAGAGUUUCUACGCACGAGCCAGGAGAUGAUUGCAGGUGUAAAAGAUUGAAAUGUUUUGAUAGAAUAUCAUCAGAGCAAAGUGCGAAAUUUCUUAAAGACUUCAACAGCAUGAACUACACAGAUGAACAAAAUAUAUACUUAUGUGGCUUGAUGAAUGUGUAUUCAAUAAAAAGGAGACGAAGUAGAAAAACAGAAGAAAUGGAUGCUAAUUUCCAUCAAACGCAUUUCACUUACAAAGUGAGGGUGAUAGAAAAUGAUGAGACAAAAGAAGAACCUGUUUGCUACAAAGCAUUUUUAUCUAUAUUUGGCAUUAUCAAAGGAAAACUUGAACAUCUUCAAAAGUCAUUGAAAAUGUCAGGUACUGCACCAAGUGACAAAAGAGGCAAGUCAGGUUCAAACAAGAGAUUAGACAAUAACAUUAAAGAUUUGAUAUGUAAUCAUAUAAAAUCCUUUAAAGGACGGCAAAGUCACUACAGCUUGAAUGAUACAAAAAAAGAAUAUGUACCUGAGGACCUAAACAUAAAGAAAAUGUAUAAGUUGUACUUAGAUGCAUACGAGUCACAAAAUCAUGUAUGUUAUGAAACUUGCAGAACCAUCUUUAAUACAGAGUUUAAUAUAUCAUUUGGCUAUCCCAGGACUGAUACCUGUAGUGCUUGUGAUGAAUUCAAAAUAAAAGCGAAGGCAUUGAGAGCUGAAGGAAAUAUUGUAGAACUGAUUCGGUUCACUAUUCUUAACAAUUUGCACAAGAAAAAGGCUCAAACAUUUUAUGAUCGUAAGAAAAAUGCAAGAAUCAAGAGCAAAUCAGAUGUGGAAUUUCAAGCAAUUGCCAUGGACUACCAGAAGAAUGUGUCGUUGCCAAACAUCAGCACAAGCGAUGUCUAUUACAAACGUCAAUUAUCAAUGUACUCUUUUAAUAUUCAUGCAUUGGGUGAUGCAAGCUCCUAUUUUUACACCUAUCCAGAAACCUGUGGAUGUAAGGGUUCAGAUGAAGUGGUUUCAUUUCUGUUUCAAUAUUUAACAAACCACCUGGAUAGUCGUGUAAAGCAUUUAGAAAUAUUUUGUGAUUCAGCAGGUGGACAGAACAAGAACUACACAGUGAUAAGGUUUAUUCAUUUUGUUGUCCAUAAAAUGAAACUUUUAGAUUCUAUCAAAAUUACUUAUCCAAUAAGAGAACAUUCGUAUUUAGAAUGCGAUAAAAAUAUUGGCCUAAUCAAUCUAAAAGCUCACAUUGAAGUUCCAUAA